AUGAACCCGGUGUACCUGGACUACAACGCAACCACCCCCGUCGAUCCCAGCGUAGCCGAGGCGAUGCUGCCCUACAUUUACGAGCACUUCGGCAAUCCAUCCAGCGGCCACCUUUACGGGCGCAACGCCAACGAGGGUGUCAACGUGGCCCGCAACCAGGUGGCGGAAAUGCUGGGAUGCCAUGCUGAUGAGCUCAUAUUCACCAGCGGCGGCACCGAGUCCAACAACUACGCGAUCAAGGGAGCGAUGUCCGCCAACCGGAGCCGUGGCGACCACAUGAUUACCUCGGCGGUGGAACAUCCGGCCGUAAUCGAAGUGUGCAAAUUCCUGGAGGCCCAGGGCUACCGCGUAACCUAUCUGCCGGUGGAUCAAUACGGAAUGGUUGACCCAGGGCAGGUUGAAGAGGCUAUUACGCCGCAGACAACGCUCAUCAGCAUCAUGCACGCCAACAACGAGGUGGGAACGAUAGAGCCCAUCGAGGAAAUAGCCGAGAUAGCCCACCGACACGGGGUGUUGCUACAUGCCGAUUGCGCCCAGUCAGUGGGCAAGAUUCCGGCGCGCGUGGAUGAUCUUGGAGUGGACCUGCUAUCGAUAGCGGGACACAAGCUUUACGCCCCGAAGGGUAUUGGGGCGCUGUACAUCCGGAACGGGAUAUCGCUGGAGAAGCAGAUGCACGGAGCGGGCCAUGAAGGAGAUUGGCGGGCGGGGCACCGAGAACGUCAUCCACAUGGCGGCGCUGGGGCGAGCGUGCGAAUUGAUCCAACACAACCUGCCCCAAUACCAGCGGCACAUGGCAAGUAUGCGCGGCCGGUUGGAAGCGGGGUUGACGGCGGUCUUUGGAGAGAUACGCAUUAA